AACGAGGGGGGGCAGCCCGGCCGAUCCGCCGCCAUGUCCAUCUUCACCCCCACCAACCAGAUCCGCCUCACUAACGUGGCCGUGGUGAGGGCACGGCGAGCCGGGAAGCGCUUCGAGAUCGCGUGUUACCGUAAUAAAGUCAUGGGAUGGCGCAGCGGAGCGGAGAAGGAUAUUGACGAGGUCCUGCAGACCCACACGGUGUUUGUCAAUGUUUCCAAAGGCCAAGUGGCAAAGAAGGAAGACCUGGUCCGGGCGUUUGGAACAGAUGACCAAACAGAAAUCUGUAAAGUGAUUCUAUCGAAAGGGGAGUUGCAGGUAUCAGACAAAGAACGACAAACGCAGCUGGAGCAGAUGUUCAGGGACAUUGCAACUAUUGUGGCUGACAAAUGCGUGAACCCUGAGACAAAGAGGCCGUACACUGUAAUCCUUAUAGAAAGGGCCAUGAAGGAUAUUCACUACUCUGUCAAACCAAACAAGAGCACUAAGCAGCAGGCACUGGAAGUGAUCAGACAGUUAAAGGAGACCAUGCAGAUUGAACGCGCUCACAUGAGGUUACGAUUUAUUCUUCCAAUAAAGGAGGGGAAAAAACUGAAAGAGAAGCUCAAGCCACUAAUUAAAGUUAUCGAGAAUGAAGACUUUCAUGACCAGUUAGAAAUUGUGUGCCUUAUUGACCCGGGCUGCUUCAGAGAGAUCGAUGAGCUGAUCCGGUCUGAGACCAAAGGGAAAGGAACACUGGAAGUGCUCAGUCUGAAAGAUGUGGAGGAAGGAGACGAAAAGCUUGAAUAACGAAAACCCUCCUGGAGCUCUACAACUACAUCAAUGAUGUUUAACAGCUGGCGUUAGCCACUCAUUUCUGUUUGGCCUUCUUGUUUUUGUCCAACCUCUUGCUGCCAAAUACCUUCUGACACAUUAACCCUUUGGGAUUUUUCCAUGCAGUGUGGUUUUUAAUCAUCUUUCGCUUGCUUGGUUUACAGGUGAUUUGCCUGUAGGAACAUUUUGUGUCAGAGUUGCACUAAUGAGAAUUGAGUGAAGACUUGAUAGGGAGUUCAGCUUUGGUGAAUGUUCAGGGUUGCUGAUGGAGAGUGUUUGACUGAUACGGUGCCAAUCACUUUUGCUUUGGGUUGUCAGUGUUGAGUGGAAGACUGCAUGGGCCACUGAGGGGUGGGUGUUGUACGUGAGGAGAGAAACCUUUGGGAAGGAGAGAUACAUUCUCACUUUAAGACAAGUGCAAAGUGUGGAUCACGUCUGCUCAUCUCUUGGCGGCAUGAAAACUGAUGUAGACAUCCAUAAUUGGCUGCUUAAUAAUUACAUAAUAAUUUAAAGGACCAUUCUUGUAUAUUUCCUUCACUGGGUAUAACAGCACUUGCUAACUUAGAAAAAAAUGUUCUCCAAAUAAUUUAUUCAUAAAAUUAUAUUUAGCUACAUUGGUAAAAAUAAGGAUAAUAAUAAUUAUCAUCUAUUUAUGUAUUGCAGAUACAGAAAGAAAUAACUAUUUUUGUUAUAGCAUAGGAGCUGUCCCUGGUGCAUUUGGAGGCUGAAGGCGUAGGCUGCAUUUCUGAGCUGUUGUCAUUCAUGGGAUGUAAUGAAGCGGAUCUCUGCCAGGCAGUGGCCUCUGGCCAUUGUGCUAGACAGGCUUUUGUUGGGCCCUCAUUCCCUCGUGGUAACCAUCCUUUAUCCUGUGGUUUUUUAUGCUUCUUUCUAGCACAGCAUUUCCAGCCAGUUCCCGAGGCACAGAGUUCUGCUUGCUUUUGUUAAGGCUUGUUUCAGCUGUGCGGAACGAAUGCUUUCAAGUUUAACUUGGUCAUCUCAAACAAGAGGGGAAAAGAGGACAGAAGCUGGAAAGAAUAAAAAUACAGGCCUGGUUUAUACCCCUGGGUGUCUGGAGGCUACGCCAACAGGAGUUUAAGAGGAGCCUUUGGUAUUCGUGUGCCUGUUUCCAUGCUGAUAAUAUGCACCAAAUCGGGAUUUGCAAGCUGGCCAACCACUGGAUCUGUGCUUCAGAUGGAUAUGUCUCGUGUUCAUUCCUUGCUGCAUAAUUUUAGAGUAAAUUACCUUUUAUAUGACAAUUAAACAGAGCUCUGGUUUCUACUCUUCACAUGACCUUUUCCUUUGUACCACCGACAGAGGUUGUGAGUUUUCUCGAGUUGAUGUGGGGAGAGUUGAAGUCAACCAGAGAAGGAUUUGAAAUGUCAGAUGCGGAGGAGAUGAGCAAAAACCUCAUCCAACAUUGUGGUGGUUUAUUUGAUUCCACAGUUCUGUAGCUUCAUUGCUCUCUAUGCACUGAGUGCAGUCAGAUGGCUGCAGGUUGAGGACCUUGGGCUGCAGAAAUGUGAUCUAAGCUGAUUUCUGAGCUUGGUGCUGGGAGGUCAAUUUCCACGUGUCCUUUUCUACAAAUCAAACAUUCAGGAUUUUCUGUGGUAAAGGGAGCUUGAUUUUAUUUAUAAACAUGCUCAUAUUUCUUGUCAUGUUUGUAUCUCACCAAGAAUGGAUGGUAAGGAUCAAAAUAAAUAUCAGCAUUGGCA